AAGACAAGACAAGACAAGACAAGAAAAUAAAAUAAAACUCGUGACAGCGCGGGGUUGGUUGGCUGAGGGUUGCCUACCUAACCACUAACCACUGCACUGGGUUCUUAUUAAUUUACUGUGUAAAAGAGUAGGAAAGUAGAGAAUAAAAAGGGGGGGAAGGUAUCGUAACCUUUCGUGUUUUGACGAGGUUGCAAUCUUUGAAUAACACAGUAACACAAUCAAUCGACUCAUUAUCAUCACCAAUCAAGGAACCCACAAAGGGGAUACACAGAGAUCAUGACCAAGAUCAUCUUAUCCAUCAACGCGGGGUCCAGCUCCGUCAAGAUCUCGGCUUACUUGGCGAAACACCGCGGAGCCCCUCAGCAGCUUGCCGAGGCUCAGAUUAACGGCUUGACGGCACCGCCAGUGCAGCUUUCCUAUACGCGAGGGGACGUGAACGUUUUGAAAAACCAGGAACAGGAAGCCAAGAUCGAGGAUCAGGACGCUGCCUUCAAGUUCCUUCUAAACACCUUCACCAGCGAUCCGGAACUACCGGAACUAUCCACCAAGGCUGACAUCUCCGUCGCCUGCCACAGAGUAGUCCACGGCGGGGACUACACCACCUCCAAAGUCAUAACCCAGGAUACUUAUCAUCACCUGGAGAAGCUUACCGAUCUAGCGCCUCUGCACAACGCUAAUUCAUUACACAUCAUCAAGUCAUGCAUGGAUGAGCUGCCCGGGGCUCUCAAUGUAGCUUACUUCGACUCGCAGUUCCACUCGUCCAUCCCCAAACACAUAUGCACAUACCCCAUCGACCCCGAAAUCGCCAAGAACAAUCAGUUGCGCAAGUACGGCUUUCAUGGCAUCAGUUAUUCCUUCAUCACCUACUCUGUCGCUAGCUUUCUUGGCAAGGACCCCAACGACUUGAGUAUUAUCGCUCUGCACUUGGGUAGCGGUGCGAGCGCAUGUGCUAUCAAGAACGGGCACAGUUGGGAUACCAGCAUGGGUCUAACGCCUCUCGCGGGACUUCCCGGUGCAACGCGCAGCGGUAGCGUCGACCCCAGCUUAGUCUUUCACUAUGCGAGCGACGUGGGGAAGCUGUCGCCGUCGUCCACCAAGGACCUGCACAUCUCGGUGGCCGAAGAAAUCCUCAACAAGCAAAGCGGCUGGAAAGCACUGACGGGAACUACUAAUUUCGGCGUGAUUGCAACAUCGGACAAACCCGAGUGUAAGCUAGCCUUUGACCUGCUCGUCAACCGCAUCUGCGGCUACGUUGGGUCGUACUAUGUGGCGCUUGAGGGAAAGGUAGACGCGCUUGUGUUUGCAGGCGGCAUUGGUGAGAAGAGCGACAAACUGCGCGAUGCCGUGGUUGGGCACGCUGCGUGUCUGGGGUUUGAGAUCGAUGCGGAACGCAAUGCGGCAAAGAUCCAGUCCGUUGUGCAGGAUGUCGGCAAGCAAGGCGCCAGGCACCGAACUCUUGUGUGCCUCACGGACGAGCAGUACGAGAUGGCCCGGGGAUGCACCGAAAUGGACGAGUUAUGGCAAUAGCUGAAGUUGAUUAUAGACAUGCAUACAGACAUGCAUACAUUCAUAUCAUGAUACCGGAGAUGGACAUAUAACAGGCUAGAGGCGGGUGGAGUUGCAAUGGCUGGUCGUUUACCUGGGUAGGUAAUUAUUUAGACGAAACAUACAUACCUGCCUUAGGCUGUCUAUAGUGACAUUCGGCUAGAUCUUACCGAGAAAUCUUGUAAUCGUCAAUUAACAUUUUUUUCCGAUCCGCGUUGUGAAGGCCGAUCUGGAGAAACGACCACGUAACUGGUGAGCCCCAUUUAGCAACCAACUAUGUACCCGCCUAGUUACCCGCCUAGUCAACCUAGACGGCGCAUCCAACAGGGCCAUCAGAGUGAGGGGAUUCCCACAACAUGACAAAUAGUCCGAUAAUUUUUUUUCCUUCCCGCCUAAAGAAGAAUGAUCGACAGGUACGAGGAGGGGAGGGUAGACCCGCCAGACCCGCCAAUUCACCUUACAUAGUAAGGCGGUUCAGCUGACAAGCGCGAGGUAUGUACGUAAUAGUGUAGAAAGGAUUCUUAUAUAAUCCAUUGGCAACGAGUGCGUGUGAUGGAAUGGGGAUAGGAAUAGGAAUAGGAAUAGGA